CCAUAUGUUUUGCCCUUUCCUCUUUUUGUUCUCUGGUGACCCACACAAAAAUCAAACAAAUCACUCUCUACAAUGGCGGAAACGUUUUCACGCGGCGAUGCUCAAUAUCUCCCCAUCUACGGUGGCACCACCGAUAACAACAGCCCCUACGACUCGCUUCUCCGCCUUAUCCGAUCUCAUUCACCAACCUCCUCACAGCUCUUUAGUUACCUCGCUCUCUUUGUCUCCGUUGGAACCUUCCUUUUCCUUCUCGGCAUAGCCGUCACGGCAACAGCCAUAGGCUCCAUAGUGUUUAUUCCGUUGAUCAUCGUCUCUAGUCCGAUCUGGAUUCCCGUUUUUGUCGUCGUUGGCGGGUUCUUAUCGGUCACCGGAUUUCUUCUUGGAACGUUGGCCUUGGCGUCGUGGUCGUACCGUUAUUAUCAGGGCAUACAUCCGGUUGGAUCGGAUCAGAUGGAUUAUGCACGUAGUCGGAUCUAUGACACGGCCUCUCACGUCAAAGAUUACGCUAGAGAGUACGGUGGAUAUUUCCACGGCAGGGCUAAAGAUGCGGCUCCUGGUGCUUGAGUCUUGACCUGAAACGGUUCGUGUAGUUUGAUUCAUGGUAGUGUUAACCUAUCAUGGUUCGGUUAAUGGAUGAUGAACACGUUUCAUGGCAGUGUUAUAACUAAUAUUUUAUUUUGACGUUUGUAAGAAGAAAAAAAAAAGAUUAUUUUGGUUUAUGUACAAGCUUUAUAAGA